UCGGUAAGCGGUGCACCGUCACCGCCACCGCCACCGACGUCAUCAAUCCUAUGGCUGGGUUCGGCUCCAAGGUUUUGCUGACUACCGUCAGCAUUUUGAGCUGUGUGGCGUUGUUCCUUGUCGUACUAAGCGUCUGCGCACACUUCAGGAUUUCGCGAGUAGGGAGGUGGGGGAUUGGGUAUGGUCACCUCCCGAUCGAUGUAAAUGCAGGAGUCAAAGUCAACGUCAACGGGGAUGUUGACCCCUGCUGUGACGCUGACGUCGCUGCUGGCGAUGCUGACAAAGAGGACAAAAAGGGGAGGCCUGGGUUCUCUAUGGAUGAGUUCCGUGCUGCCGCCGCUGCUGCCCGUGCAGCGGGGGUCGUACAACCGCCCUCCUCCCCUCGCCGGCGCGACCCUCCUCGCUGGCGAAACACCGCCCCACUCUUGUUCCCUUCCAGCGACAACCAGAGCAGCAGUGCGGGCGGGCAGAGUGGUCAAGUCGGUUGGCCGUUUGCCAACGUCCUAGACUUUGGCGCUGUAGGGGAUGGUUUGACUGACGACGGUCAGGCGUUUAGAAGCGCGAUUGGUGCAGCUUGCACUAGGCGUGGAGGGGCCGGCGGUACUCUGUAUGUGCCGCUCGGCAAAACCUUCCUCGUUAAGGGCAGUCUUGUUGUGAAGGGUUGCGAUAAGCUGACGGUGCACCUGGAUGGUGUGUUGAGGGCGACGCCUUUCUGGGACGAGUGGCCAAGGACAGCCAGAGCUUUUCUUGAUUUCACUGACCAAAGAUUCCUGACAAUCAUAGGCAAGGGUACAAUCGACGGAGAGGGGUGGAUGUGGUGGGAUCUUCACAGGAGGAAGAUCGUUCAUCACCGUCCUGCUCUCCUUUACAUUGAGCAAUCGGUGUUCGUAAACGUCAUCGACGUCUCGUUACUCAAUAGUCCUCAGCAGCACCUCACGGUGCACAACUGCACAGACGUCAUUAUCGAUAACGUCAACAUUUCUGCCCCUUCAACAUCGCCGAACACGGACGGUAUCCAUAUUUCGUGGUGCGCACGUGUGGCGGUCGAAAACGGCUAUAUAUCCAACGGCGACGACUGCGUCUCCAUCACCCGGAUCGCUUACGACAUCUUUGUGAAGAACAUGGUUUUCGUUGGCGGCCAUGGUGCCAGCAUUGGCAGUCUCGGCUAUAAAGGCGAAGAGGCGGCUGUGUUCCGCGUGAGUUUUGAUGACAUCAUCGUCAACAACACGAAGAGAGGAGCGCGCGUCAAGUCGUGGCAAGGAGAAGACGGCUUCGCUUACGACAUAGUCUUCAACAACUUCACCAUGACCAAUGUUCUUCUUCCCAUCUGCAUCAACCAGUUUUAUUGCGAAAAGCGCCCCUGUGAGGAGCUAAACGACACGUCAACGGACAUAUCGUUAACCUCAAUCACCUUCUCAAACAUCCGAGGAACUGCAGUUGAAAGAUGGCGAGGACUCGUCGGCCUUCUCGCAUGUAGCGAUCUUGUGCCUUGCCGGGACAUCAGAAUGGAGAACAUAGAACUCGGUUUGCCUUCGAAGUAUGAGAAGCUGGCCCAUUUCCAUUGCUUCAAUGCCUUCGGCGAAAGUCGGAACGUCACUCCGCCUUCAUGCCUAGCCAUGGAGGAGGAAGAAGAAGAAGAAGAAGGAGAGGGAGGAACUGAUGUUCUGCGGCAGGCUACAACUACGACUGGUGGUGCGACCAGUUUCACUGCCGACUGGAACAAACUGCGGCAAGUCGAUGAAGAUGGCGCUCGUGAACCGCAGCAGCACUUGGCAUCCCAGAUAAGAAGAUUGUUUGGAGGAGGGAGAGACACAUGGUUGCUGGAUGAGGACUUGGCACUUCUAGAGCUUUUCGAGAGUUAGGUGGGGCGCUCGAUGUCGAGACAUCCUGCUUUUGAGAUGCAGCGGCAGGCGUUUCGACACGGUCCUGCUCCUCUCGGUACUGCUAGCGCUGCACACCGGGAUAUGAUUAUUUUAUACUGCCAAUCGCGAUGCGGUUCGAUAUCUGUUACACGCCAGAAUAUGAUGCCCUGUCACUUGGCGAGGGUAGGUCUUGCAUCAGUAGCAGCCCGUUCGCCAAGACGCAGCUUGAUCUCAUCGAUUGCCGAACAGAAGGACGUGGCGAAACAGAGGAUGGCCACACCUAUCGGAGGAGAGUGCUUGUUUCUUCAGCCACAUUUACGCAGAAGUCGCUGCAAAGUUCAUGAAGCCCCGCGUCAUAAGCCGGUAAUGCUGCUGUGCGCUAGUCCGCUUGCGGCAGCCUCUUACCUGCCGCUGCGCCGAACUAUGCAAGGCAAUGUUCUUCUACCCACUAUUUCCGCAACACUCUUUGGAAGUGCCAGCGUCAGCUGGCAGAGCCGCUGUCAGCAACAAUGGCACCACUGCAAAGGUCAAGCCGUGGAAACUUUGAGGCUCUCGACCUAUGUUUCUCAGACCACCUCUGCGACGAAAGCACGGUUUUCGCCUUUACCAUUGGUUGUAUUUGCCGUCACUCCUGGCGUAGAUUGUGAACCAGUGCUUGCAUUCGACGACAACAAAAAUGGAGAACCAAAUGUUUUGCCGGGAGAUAGCAACAAUAUCAGCAACAACAUCAGCAACAAUAGCAACAACAAUAGCAGCAACAAUAGCAGCAACAAUAGCAGCAACACGAGCAGCAACAAUAGCAGCAACACGAGCAGCAACACGAGCAGCAACAAGAACAGCAGCAGAAGCAGGAGCAGCAAGAGAGAGCACGAUGGAUGUAUUGGGAGGAAUCUAUGGGUUGGUUGUUGUGUAGACAUUACCCUUAAAGCGGACCAGCGGUCGGGUAGAGUCACUCGUGGUAUUGUUGAGAAGGUUUUGACGAGAGACUCUCAUCACCCUCGAGGAAUAAAAGUGCAGCUCCGGACAGGUGAGAUAGGACGUGUGAGGGCUAUCAUUGGCAACGAGCAUCCGGAAGUCAAGGCGCUGCCUCGGGAAGUUCAAGGAGUGGGGAUAGGUAAAGCGACCGGUGGAAAGAAGCACGCAGAAGCGACGGCAGUGGUGCGACGGGUCACAGAUACAAGGGAGAUGGAGGGAAUAGGAGGAGAAGGUGAAGGAGAGAGGCUGCCGGAAUCGUCCCGUGUUGAAGAUAGGCACGGAAGAAGGAGCCCACCGAGAAAACAGGCAAAUGCUGAAAUCGAUAGGAGGAAUAGUGAUCAUAGCAAACACAUGCCGGGAGCGAGAAAGGCUGACACGGGUGAUAGUCAAGAAGGUGUUCGCACUGUACGUCUGUUCGUGUCGAAUCUUCCCACGGACUUGACAAGGGCAGGCUUUGAGUCGGCUAUCACAGCUGCAGAGGUGAAGGGGAUCGAAAAGUGGAAGUUGGUGGUAGACAAGAGGACCGGGCGGUGCAAAGGGUACGGUUUCGUCGACGUCGACGAAGGUAGGGGCAAUUCUGUUACUGAGGUCUUAGAGGCACUCAAUGCUCUUCGAAUAGAUGACAAAUCGGUGAGGGCAAAAAUUUCGGAACCAAAGGAAGAAGAAAAUGAGAAGGGGUUAAAGGGAACGGAGAAGAGAAAAGUGAAUCAGAGUGGCGCCAGGGGGGUCCUGCCUCCUCACGAGGAGGCCCUGUCAUUGGAGGGGGUAGGUACAGAUCGUAAGAGGGUAGGCGAGGCGAAUGACGCGUCAAUGGGAAGCGACAGCAAAAAAAAAGGGCGACGGAAAGGGAAGAAGGGAAAGCAUGAGAUGGAAGAAGGAGAAGAGGAGGAGGAAGAAGGAGAACAAGCCUUAGGUGGGAUGAUGCUAGGGAAAGAAGUAUUAUUGGCUGCUUCCGGUAUGGUGCAACCGGCACGGCAGCGGAAGGAUGAGCCCUCCAUAGAACAGGAAGGCCCCACCAUUCUUACGGGAGAGAUGGUGCUUGCGGCAAUGAGGAGGGCCGCUAUGGAGAAAGCGAGGGCGGAAACUGGCAAAAGAGAGAAGCUAAGGAGUGGUACAGGCCCGAGGAAUGCUGCGGACGACGAGGGGGUUGUGGGGCGAGAGGACAUGGAGCCUGUGAAGCCCCUGGUUUACAGUAAAGAAUGGCCUGCUGAACUUGCCCGAUUAAAAGCUCGGAUUUUGGAAAUCAAGCAAAUGCCCCAUUAAACCACCAAUACGUCCGAGCCUCUUUUUCCCGUGCCAGAUUUCUGCUGUGCGCCAAUUCCAAAGCGAGCUGGCACGGCGCUUGUUUUUUUCUCUUCUCGCUGCCAGCCGAAAAGGUUGGGGCCUCCGAGGGAGGCCAAGCCUGCGAAGAAUGCGGCGGUAGACAAAGUUGUUGCUGAAGUUUGCCUUGGAAAGGCACUGGUGGUUCAGGAAUGGGAAAAUGAACUUCAAAAAGAAAGGUAAAAAAAAGUUAGAUAAAAAAAGGGCUUUUGAGAAGUGUGAAGAGUCGAUGAAGGGUGUAACAGUUCCUUUUUUUGUUUUUUCCUUUUCUUUUUUUCUGAAACGGCCUUGAGAUAUCAUCAUCGAACCGACCGGACCCAGUGGUUACGAUGCUUGGCUCUUGAGGCCAAGAGUGCCGGUUCGAAUCCGUGUGCCGUCAUGCGGAGGGAUCCAAGAAUGUCGGUUCGAAUCCGUGUGCCGUCAUGCGGAGGGAUCUGAGGCUGUGGAAGUGCUGAACUGUACUUCAACAUGUUAAUCUGACUGGAAAUAGUACCGGGAAUGGGUGGCCAUUUAGGGAAUGGGCCCCUUGGUAGUUGAGGGUCAUGUGCUGGAUCAAGAGCAAGUGUGUGAGAGACUGCUGUGUGUGUGUUGUGAGUGUUGUGUGUGUGUGCGUGUGUGUGUGUGAUUGAGUAUGGACACUGCGGUCAUGCAGGUGUGGAGUGGAUAUCGCGCACUUUUGAACAACUUGUCCGUGUCAUGGGCGCAGCGGUUACGAUGCUCGACUCUUGAGGCCAAGGGUGCCGGUUGUGCUGUCAUGAGGUGGGGUCUGAGGCUGUGGAAGAGCUGGUGUACCAACUGAGCUAGGCCGGUUGUUUGAAGGCUGUUCCUUUUGCAGCCAGGCUGGACUGCUUUCCUCCUUUUUUUUUUUUUUUUUUUUUUUUUUUUUUUUUUUCGGGAGUGCAGACUGGACUGCUUUUCUCCUGUAGUUUGCCCUUUCUCUUUUUCACUUGUGGUUUUAUGUGUUAUGAACCUGGUUGUUUGUUGUUAGAAGACAGAAAACGAUGUUAACAGGAAUUGGGUUUUCUCUGCAGUACUCGCCCAAUUGCUGUCACCUGACUGGAGAGAAAAAGUGGUUAGAACGAGUAGGUAGUUCAGGGUUGUUGUGUUCAGGGUUGUUGUUUUCAGGGUUGGGGAGUGAAGCGCUGCUCAUUUCUGAGCAGCACACCAUGGUUCUGGGAUUGUUCUGACAUUUCAAGACUCUGAGUUUAAUAAACAGUGUUUAUACUG